AUGUCAGACCUUAUUAGAUGUCGUAGGGCGGUGAAGACUACGCAGAGUUCAGAGCCCCCGGCUCAGCCGACAUCUGCUGCCAUUGGGCUAGCAUCUGCUGCCACUGCGCCAGCACUGAUGGACCACUUGGCAGUUGGUCAUGCGGGGUCCCAGGCGCUUACUUCAUCAGCUUCAUUAGUGGCGCAGCCUGUUAGCAUCAGGCAGCGUCAUCGGCCCGCCAGCACCACCGACACCACAUCCACUGAUGCGUUGGGGUCACAGCCAGCUAAUGCAAUCGACGAGUACUGUAGAUUGCGUGAAAGCACAGCUCUUGAGUCACUCUAUAAGUUUUGUUGCACUGUUGAAGCCCUGUAUGGCCAAUGGUACCUCAGGUCUUCAAAUCCAGCUGACCUUUACAAGCUAUUGCACAAGGAACUCCAAAGGGUUCGUCUCGAAUUUUGGGAAAAUUCAGGGCGGGUCCUUUCAAUCUCUUCUCCUAAUAACCCGAAGAAGAGGUUUUUUGCACAAAUGCAAGAAGCGUACAGGAAGGAUGUUGAAAGAGCAUUUGGAAUACUAUGGGCUCGAUGGGCUACUGUUCGGGGCCCUGCACGUAUGUGGUGCAAGGAUAACCUCCACUCAAUCAUGAUGACGUGUAUAAUUUUGCACAACAUGAUUGUGGAGGAUGAGUACGAAUAUGUUGAAGAGGAAUCUGAUGAUAAGGAUAUGUGCCCACAACGAUCCAGGAGGGCCAGAGCAAGACAAUAUGAGUUGGAGCCAAGCAUUACAUACGAGUACCACCAAGAUAGGCAGACUCUCUCUAAUUACAAGAUUCGACAGAAUAGACUUCGAUCUCCACAUACGCAUCAGAGUCUCCGACAUGAUUUGAUAAAUCACCUUUGGAGGAGCUUUGGAGAUGGUGACUGA